UUCAGUUUGCGGCUGCGAUAAGCUGCCCACAAAAGCCGCUUGUCCCGCUGGUUCAGCAUUCAGAUUCUGCCCUCAGUUGAUAAUUGACUUGCGACUCGGCCAGUCGUUCCUUCAAUCCGGGCACCUAUCAACAUGUUGGCACACUUGAGAAAUAUUUCGAAGCGGGCGCUGCCCCGCCGCUUGGUUACCCAAUCCGCCAGCUACUCAUCGUCCUCGUCAUUUCUGAUCGACCAACCGGAGUACAGUUUCCUGAAAGAAUUGGGACUGGAGCGCGACAAUCCUGGUGUAUAUUCAGGUCAGUGGCAGGGUCGUGGGCCAUCCGUUACCAGCUACGAUCCCGGAACUGGCCGACCGAUUGCCAAAGUGCGUCAGGGAAAUGUCCAGGAGCUCGAGCAGACCAUUGGGCUGGCGGUGGAAGCCUACAAGCAGUGGCGACAGGUUCCAGCUCCCGUUCGCGGUGAAAUAGUCCGCCAAAUUGGCGAUGAACUGAGGAAGUACAAGGAACCCCUGGGAAAGCUAGUCUCCCUGGAGGUGGGCAAAAUCUACAGCGAGGGACAGGGAGAGGUUCAGGAGUUCAUAGAUAUCUGCGACUAUGCGGUUGGCCUGUCCAGAAUUUACUCCGGUCAGCUGAUCAACUCAGAGCGUGCGGAUCACUCGAUCCUGGAGGCCUGGCGUCCGCUGGGAGUGGUGGGCGUUAUUUCGGCCUACAAUUUCCCCAAUGCUGUGUUCGGUUGGAAUGCAGCGAUUGCCUUAACCACCGGCAACAGUGUGCUGUGGAAGGGAGCACCCAGCACUCCUUUGGUCUCGGUGGCUACCACAAAAAUUGUUGCUGAUGUGCUGCGCAGGAACAAUCUUCCGCCGGUGGUUACCCUCUGUCAAGGAGGAACCGAUGUGGGUCAGACCUUGGUGGCUGAUAAGAGAGUUAACCUUGUUUCCUUCACCGGCAGCUGCCAAACUGGUCGGGAUGUGGGCGUCGAAGUCCAGCGCAGAUUCGGCAAGGUCAUCCUAGAAUUAGGUGGUAAUAAUGCCUUAAUCAUCGAUGAAUCUGCCAACGUGAAAAUGGCCCUGGAUGCAGCACUCUUCGGCUGCAUUGGCACCAGUGGUCAAAGAUGCACCACCACCAGGAGGAUUAUUGUCCACGAAAAACUGCACGAUCAGUUCGUAAAGGCGCUGGUUGGCAAAUAUCAACAGCUAAUUCCCAAGAUUGGACACCAGCUUGAGGCUCAAACUCUGGUGGGUCCCGUGCACACGCAACAAAACGUGGAGAACUACAAGGCAGCCAUCGCGGAAGCGAAGUCCUUAGGAGGAGCGGUGGCCUUUGGAGGCAAUGUCAUCCAGCGGGACGGUUUUUACGUAGAGCCCACAGUGAUCACUGGAUUGCCCCACGAUGCCAGCGUUGUCCAUCGUGAAACCUUUGCACCAAUCGUGUACAUUCUCAAAGCCAAAAACGUGGACCAAGCGAUCGAAUGGAACAAUGAGGUGGAGCAGGGCUUGUCCUCUGCCAUCUUCACCGAGAACAUUGGGCAGGCCUUCAAGUGGAUCGGAGCCAAGGGUUCAGAUUGCGGAAUCGUUAACAUCAACACCACCACCAACGGCGCCGAGAUUGGAGGAGCUUUCGGAGGCGAAAAGGCCACUGGGGGAGGUCGCGAGUCUGGAUCGGACGCCUGGAAGCAGUAUUGCAAGCGGGCCACCAUUACUGUCAACCACUCCGGGGAAUUGGCCUGCGCCCAGGGUGUUGUCUUUAAUGUGGAGUAGAAAACAAAUAUGAUCAAUUUUAAUGUGCUACAAUUUACAAUUCAAAUACAUAUAAUGUCCAAAACUAAA